AUGCAAGCAUCUGAGCCAUUUACACUUGAUGAUCGGUCCAUAGCUUCUCAAAAAUCGAUAUAUCUAAGUGCUUUCCACGAAAAUUUAAAAAAUCAAAAUCAAGAACCUACAAGUACUCUAGAAAUCAUGGCAUUGGUCAUGGCUUAUUUUAAAAUUGCCCUUAAUCGUUAUGUUGAUAUCAUAGCCAUGACUAUUAUUCACGCUUUUGUUGAUAAAUUUACUAAAUAUAUUGAAGAAAAAAUGAUAGGACUUUGCACUAAUGACGAUAAAAAUUCGUUACAUGAAUUGAUUAAGGAGGAUGACUCUAUUAAACACCAUCGUGAUUAUUUAAUUAAUCUCGAGAAGAAUUUGAAAGAAAGUCUUGAUAAUCUUAUUAAAUUUGUCCCAAGUACAAAAAGUAUUGUGCAGAAUUAUGGUAUUCCAGAAACCACUCUUAGAUGUGUCAUCAAAAAUGAUGGUCCCACUCGUCCAGGUUGCAUCAAGGUUUUAACAGACUAUGAGAAGAAACAGCUUGUUAAUUAUUGUCUUAAUAUGCAAAAACUCAACUUUGGGUUAACAAGAUCUGGUUCAGCUAAAUUACCAUUUGUCAUUCUAAAAAAAUUAUAUGAUAAAGAGUGUGAUAAGUUUCAAAUUAAAAAUGAUGAUAAGCUUGUAACUAAAUACACAUUCACUGAAGUUCUAGAAUCAGUCUAUAUCGCAACCUACAUAUUUACUGCAAUAUGCAAUGUCUUUAAAACUACAGAACAAACUAAUCUUCUACAAAUUCUUGAAGAACCAACUUGCUCUUUAUCUUUAUCUCCUUCAUCUUUACCUUCUUUAUCCUCAUCUUAUUCAUCCUUGCUUUUAUUAUCCUUGUUUUCUUUGUCUUCAACUUCUUCAUCUUUGCUUUCUUUAUCCUCACCUUCAAAGUCAGCUUCAAAUCAUGCUUGCCUUAUUAAAACAAAUUCUACAAAAAAAAAAUUAAUGUCAGAGAUUGAAUUUUUGAAUAAAAAAAUUAAGUUUUUAUAA